UUGUCCUGGACAUUAUUCUGACUCCUCCAUUUCUCUCCCUGUGUUUUUUUAUUUUUAUUUUUUAUUUUUAAUUAAAUUUAAAUUGCCCAUCCGGCCCCGUGGAUCUGGACUCGCUCUCCUCCUCCAGGGCUGUGCACACACCGGCAGCCGGGCUCUGCUCUCCCCGGUAAACAGUGAAGAAGAAGCGGACCAGGGCGGACCGAAGGGGGCCACAAGUCUCCAGGUAUGGCGGCGGUGUUGCCGAGAACGCUGGGCGAGCUGCAGCUCUACCGGAUCCUGCAGCGGGCCAACCUGCUCUACUACUACGAGGCCUUCAUCCAGCAGGGCGGCGACGACGUGCAGCAGCUGUGCGAGGCCGGCGAGGAGGAGUUCCUGGAGAUCAUGGCGCUGGUGGGCAUGGCCAGCAAGCCGCUGCACGUGCGCCGGCUGCAGAAGGCGCUGCGCGACUGGGUCACCAACCCGGCGCUCUUCAACCAGCCGCUCACCUCGCUGCCCGUCUGCAGCAUCCCCGUCUACAAGCUGCCCGAGGGCUCGCCCACGCUGCUGGGCGCCCAGGACCGCGCCGCCAGCGUCAAGAUGCCCAAGGCGGUGGCGGCGUGCUCGGAGCCCGGGAAGCUGGACGUGGCGCGGGACAAAGUGUCGGCCGGCUCGCCCCUGCAGGGCGGCAGCGAGGCUCGCUUCUGGUCGGGCCACAGCAACGACAGCGAGCAGAGCCUGUCGCCCUCCGACCUGGGCUCGCCCUCCUCGCCCCGCGACGGCCUGGAGGCCCUGGACGCCGCCGCCGUGCAGUCGGUGCUGGAGUGCGUGGACAGGAUGGCGCCCGGCCUCCCUAAGAGCGACCCGGCCGAGGUGAAGGAGCAGCUGAAGACCAACAAGAAGCUGGCCAAGAUGAUCGGACACAUCUUCGACAUGAGCGACGACGACCCGCGCAGGGAGGAGGAGAUCCGCAAGUACAGCGCCAUCUACGGGCGCUUCGACUCCAAGAGGCGGGACGGGAAACACCUGACGCUGCACGAGCUGACGGUGAACGAGGCGGCGGCUCAGCUCUGCAUGCGGGACGUGGCUCUGCUGACCCGGCGGGACGAGCUGUUCGGACUCGCCCGCCAGAUUUCCAGAGAAGUCACCUACAAGUACACGUACCGCACCAGCAAAUCUCGCUGCGGCGACAGAGACGAGCCCUCACCUAAACGGAUUAAAACAGAGGAGAACUUCUUUGACAUCCAGGAGGCGCUGCAGGCCAUCCACAUGCGUCAGGAGAUGCUGAGGGAGCAGCUGGCCUGCGCCAAGUCCAAGGGCGAGGAGACGGUGGGACGCAACCUGCAGAUGCAGCUGGAGCGUCUGCUGGCCCGGCAGAUGGAGAUCCUGCAGGACGCCGCCGUGCAGGAGCGUCUGCAGGCGCUCGACUGGAGGAUCCCGCCCGCCGCCUUAAAGUACCUCAGCGACACCCAGAGCACCAACGGAGCCGCCGCCGACAGCCGGGACACACAGGACGACCGACCAAUCAACCUGCGGGUCGUCAGUCAGACCAUGCAGGAGGGCGAGCUCCCAUUGGGCAAGCAGCUAGCCAAUGAGCUGAAGCGUCAUCACAACCACAACAACACAGACGAGACCAAAACACCAGCAACAGAAAACGGCACGUCGCAGCGGGCGUCCGGCAACGCAGACAAGAAGACCAUCAAAUCAGAGCCGGAAGAUUCCACAUAGUGCCUCCUGCCACCCGACCGCCCCCAGCACCCCCCCACUCUGUUCUACUCACACUUGACAGUAUGCAGUUAUUACCCAUCAAUAGAUACUAAGCAAGCACAGCCACAGUAGAGCCUUAACAACCAAUGUUGCCUCAUGAAUAGCAUUUAUUUUUCUUUAUUUUCUUUUUUUUGUUUUGUUUUGUUUUAUUUUGUUUUUAAAGGUAUUUGCCAAAGCACCUAGAGAGCAGGGUGAGAAUCCGAACGGGGCGACAACCUUGAAGCUCUGCAGGUCUUUGUCUGUUGAUUAAUUGUACACUUUAAGAUGUACGUGUAAUUUAAAAGUGAUCCGUUUAAAACAUUUGUAUACUUUUUACCUCUGCCUGGGUGUUAUUUUUGUUGCUUUCGUUGGACAGCCGGGUUGUAGGCUGUGAUGCCGGGGGCUGAAUCUUAACUCAAGAGGUAGAUUCAGGGACGGGACACGAGCGAAAUUUCGCCGUAGGUAUUUUAGGUGAGCAGACAUGCCAGCAUCCGUCGGCGGCGCCUGUUGGCCACGCUGACACGUUUCCUCACUGUGGCAAGUCGAGCAUCUUGAUUCUGGUAACUCUUUCUGUGGGUAAUUUAUCGCCCAAGGUUCGACUGAUAAGGGUUUUUGAACACCAGUGCUAAUAUUUUUAGACUGAAACUGGGCAAGUAUUUGGUGCAGAUACUUCAUAUUUUCAAUUUCUUCCAUUUGCAUUUUAAGAUAUUUAGUUUUCAGUGUUUACCAGAGGAAGUGAUUGCCCAUUGAUGCUUUAUAUGAGCACCCAUAAGACUUUAUAGAUACAACUUAAAAUAAACUAUAUGUAUAAGCAUUUUCUGAAUUUGUGUAAGUAGUUACCUACAACCUUAAAAUCUCAAAGGUAGACAGAAGAACAGUCAUAAUGCACUCGAGACGUGACACACAUAGAAAGUGUUGCUGUUUUCGAGUUCUGAUUCAGACCAAGAAAGCAAUUUAUCUGAACUGCAAGCCACAGCGGUGUCGCAGAUCUCUCAAGCCAUUUUCGACACCUCCUAAUCUAUUGAAAUUUUGACUUUAAUAAAACACAAAAUACUGCUUGCUUUCCUUACGAAAUUGAAGUAGCGUGCAAGCGCUAUCCAAAGAUUGAUCAGCGUUUGGCCGGUGGCUUGUAGUCAUUUCUCCAACGGUCGACCCGCAUCUGAACCUGCGCCGUCCUCCAAAAUCUGAGUGUCUGUGUUUGUACUGUAAUCUGUAACGCUGUCGUCAUCAGUCGGCUGCACAAAAAGGGGAACGUGAGGAAAUACUCAGAGUCAAGUACUGUAGGGAGUUAUGGAGUUAUGAUUCAGCCCUCAAGUGGACUUGUUUUUUUGUUGUUCAGUUCAGAUGGGAAACCAGGAGAGGUGGAGCUCACCCUCCCCUCCCUGCUCUUGUCUUGUGUAUAUUUAUGGGAGGUAAUUUAAAUGGAGGAUGUAUAGGAGCUGUUUGGGACUAACAGCAGGGGACCUCUGUCAUUCGUUUUGGCAAGAUGGCCGGGCUGGCACGCCAGAGGCCGCGGUAAUUGGUUCGUUUCACUUUGUAAUUUAGCAAAUCACUGCUGUUGGACCCAAAAACUGCGUAUCUGCAAAAUGUGUGUAUUUCAGGAAUGAAGAAAAGGACUGCUUAUGUUGCCUGUUUCUGACAUGAUCCGACAAGGUUUGAACAGGUUUCAGAGGUCACACCGUUCACUCAGCAUACAUACACGACCCUGAAGACUUGACGAUGAUGACAGAGAAAGGGGAAGAAAAAAGACGGCAGAUACGUGGUUUUUCCCACAACAGCAGCCAAAAAAAGCAAAAUUCCUGUUUCGCGCUGUUGGUGGAACAGCAGCCUGGGGUCUGUAAAUAGUACCAUGAUAACAAAUAGUGCUAGCCUAAUCUCUCAACCAGGGUUUUUUUCUUUGUCAAGUGUAACUUUGCUGUAGAUUUUGGUGUCAAUACAGUGUUUAUGUAUGUAGAGCAAAAAAAGAAAAAAGAAUUCUUAAGUGUCAUUGAGAAAAAAAUACAACAGUGUGAAAGUGUCUGGUAUAUCAAAAAAAAAAAUGCUUUACAAGAUGAUAAUGUUGAUUAGCCUUAGCUCUUAACAGUGUUUAAUCCACGUGUGAUGGCCAUCAGUGCAUAUUUCAAAGAUGUGUUUUGCUGUUUAGAGGUAGAUACAUAACGGAUUUAAGUGUUCGCUGUGUUUUUCCGUGUUCGCCACACUGUGUAAAUACGUCUGUUUGCUCUGUAGGUCCAAGAUGAUGAUAAUGUCCAGACAAUUUGGUCUAGCUCUCCUUCUCCCUGCUCGCUGCAGAUAGUUUAGUCUCACUCACCGUAACGACAGACCAAUGCAAUAUUUAUGUAAGUAAUAAGUCUAUUUGCAUACUGUAUGGAUCAGUCAUUUUAUUUGUCAUGUGCUCAAUGACUGUUGUCUGUCACCGGCGGCGGGGCGGGAAAUCAGCACCAAGCCACCAGCCGAGCGUUACGUCAACACGGUUUCAUGAAAUUUCACGAAAUGAGCAAAAAAAAAAAUCUGAUUAUGGAGAUUAUGGACAGAGACGAGUAAACUGAAGCUGGAUUUUGUGACAUUUUCAGCUGUUGGUCACAUGAAAAGGUUAGCCGUUAGCUUAGCUUCUUCAUUUUCAUGGCAUGACAGCUCCAAAAUAAACCAACGGCAACAAAGAGGAUUAUCACAAUAUUAAAAACAAGUCCCAGUGCCCAUUUUUUGUGUAAUUACAUUUAUUUGUAAGUAUCAUCAGAUGGUUUCUUCCUGGCGUAAGGUUACCAUGUGGAAGUUUCCUGCAGACGCUACCUGCCGGAUCUACUUUCCAGUUCAAAUCGGCAAAUAACAAGAAAAGAGACGUUUACUUUCCUUUAAAAAAUGGGAACCGGGACUCGUUGUUGUUCAUGGUGUCAUAAUCCUGUGUGUUGGUUUCUGUGCUAAGAGUGUUAUUUUAUUUUGAAGGCUGUUUUGCUGUGGAAGUGAAUGGAGAGAUGCAAAUCCAGUGCUGUGGAUUAGCAGUUAACGGGGACAUUUCACCACCAUGUGGAACCUGGAUGUAAUCAUGGUUACCAAAAAAUACCUAAAAAUAAGCACAGCACUCUCUUCAGGACAGUACAUCACUGGUUACCACAUUAAAACCACAGGAGACCAGUGUGAGCUUGUGUUGGGAAGGCAUUUCUGAAAGGUCUCAGUUGCAUUUUAAGAUCUUGUGCUCGUUUCAUGAAAUUUCCUGAGAUUUGGAGCUGUGUUGAAAUUGUUAAAAAAAAAAAAAAAUCUAGCCGGCUUGUGUAAAUCACCAAAGCGCUGGUGGGUUUUGGAAGAUGCCGUGAGUUU